AUGGGUGCCAGCUGCCGCGCCCUCGGCCACGGCGCCAACGGCAGCGUCGCCCUCGUGAACUACGAGGGCCAGAUGUGCGCACUCAAGGUCGGCAGGAACAAGCGGCAGGCGGCCAGCUUCGAGAAGGAGCGACAGAUGAUGCAGCUCCUGGCGGGCGCUGGCGGCGCUCCGUUCGCCCUGGCCGUGUGCCCGAAGGUGCCCGCCCUGCUCAUGACCUUCCGCAGCGGAACCACGCUCUCCGACCUGCUGAAGGGCGAGGCGCACCUCAGCGACUGGGACCGCCUCAGCGUCGCCUUCAUGCUGACCGCCUCUCUCCAGGAGGUCCACCUGGCGGGCGUCGUCCACGCCGACCUCAAGGCCGACAACGUCAUCGUGGAGCUGAGCGACGCCGGACACCCGGCGGCAGUCAGCAUCAUCGACUUCGGCCUGGCGGUGCCUGUGGGCGGCUGCCACGCCCCUCGCCCGCCCAACAAGGACAAGACGUGGUACUGCGAGUGCUUCUUCUCCGGCGGCGCCAUGGGGCCCUUAUGCGACGUGCAGGGCCUGGGCGCGAUCCUGCAGAGCCUGUGCGAGGGCCUGGAGUACGUGCCGCCGCAGCUGCAGGAGCUCGUUUCGAGGACGUCCUUGGCCGAGCACGCCCUGCGCCCCGGCCUCGAGGAGCUGCUGGCCGUCCUCCGGCGCGAUCUGUCGUUCGCAGAAGCGUUCCCGUCUACACCUGACACUAAACACGCUCUAGAUACGUUGAUUGCCUCGGACUAUGAUGUAUCAAUACAGUGCUACUCCAUUCCUUCUAGAGGUCAUCGGGAGAACCCCACAACCAUUGCCAAAAUUUCUUUCCGUGCACAUGACCUUCCCUUUCAUGUCUACAAUGGUGGAGAAUCCCAUCCUGUCCGACCAUAUCAACCUCCUCCCCGUCAAGUCACGCGCAUGUGCUAA